AAGCUGGAGCGAGGAUAGUUGUGAAACAAGCUAAGUGAUGCAGAAAUAAAACAUCUGAUAUUUCCAUGCGUCGUGCUGUGUGUCGGUGAGAGUGGUUAUCGUCGGAGCAGUUGCUGUAAAUCAGAAAAGAGAUUUAAUCUCAAUAAAAAUAUGAGCUCGGUCAGAGAGGAAGGUAAAGACCGAAUUAUCUUUGUCACCAAAGAGGAUCAUGCGACACCCAGCAGUGCUGAGCUCAUAGAGGAAGAUCCCAACGACCCAUAUGAGGAGCGAGGUCUGAUUCUUCCCAGCGGGGAGAUCAACUGGAACUGUCCCUGCCUGGGUGGGAUGGCCAGUGGUCCCUGUGGGACUGAAUUUAAGGACGCCUUCUCCUGUUUCCACUACAGUAAGGAGGAGGUGAAGGGUUCUGAAUGCCUGGAGCAGUUCAGAGCCAUGCAGGAGUGUAUGCAGCGUUACCCGGAGCUCUACCCUCAAGAAGAUGAUAAGGUGCAACAGGAACAAUCAUCAGACACAGGACAGACCUCACAGGACUCUGGAGCUGCAGAAACAUCAGGUGCAAACUCAACAUCUGCCACCGAGCAGGACUCUGAUACCACACAAUCCAACACAGAGGGCUCCACGGAGAGUUAAUAAAGAGCCUCGGUGGCAACUAGGGCUGGGUAUCGGAACUUGGUACCUUUAAGGUAUCAACUGGAAUAGCCACGUACC